CUACUAUACGUGUUGUAGUGGUGCGUCUUGCUUGAGUACAACAAUCUUUGUGCUAGCUAACGUUCUUUAAUACGUUACCUAGACAGCAGGUGAGCAGCACUGUCCUCAAACAACUCACAAGGGACCUCCAAUUGCGGUAAGAACAACGAGAAAUGGCUUCCCAAAUCCGUCAAAACUUUCACCAGGACUGCGAGGCUGCCAUUAACAGACAGAUAAAUCUUGAGCUUUACGCCUCUUACGUUUACCUCUCGAUGGCAUAUUAUUUUGAAAGGGAUGAUAAAGCCCUACCAAAUUUUGCCAAGUUUUUUGGUGCCCAGUCCAAAGAGGAGCAGGAGCACGCCGAGAAGCUGAUGACUUUCCAGAACAAGAGGGGAGGCAGGAUUUUUCUUCAGGAUAUCAAGAAACCUGACCGAGAUGAAUGGGGUAGUGGCAUGGAGGCUUUGGAGUGUGCCUUGCAGCUGGAGAAAAGUGUAAAUCAAUCCCUGCUUGAGCUACAGGAAAUGGGCACGCAGCACAACGAUCCUCACCUGUGUGACUUCAUUGAGACUCACUAUCUGGAUGAGCAGGUCAAGUCCAUCAAGGAGCUCGCUGACUGGAUCUCAAACCUGCGACGCAUGGGAGCGCCACAGAAUGGCAUGGCUGAGUACCUCUUUGACAAGCACACCAUGGCUGAGGAGGCCAGUCAAACAUAGGCUGACGAUCUGGAAUAUCAUCUCUCCCCCCAGCUUGCCCUUUGCCACUCCUCACUCAGAAGGGCUGUUAUUUGGAGAGCACAAAAGCCAUAAAAGACCAUAUUUUUCCUGUACGCAUUCGCUGUUUAUUCAGAUUUUUCUCAUGUGGUUUGCAUGUGUCACAAAGGGAUUGAAACACAUUCAAAAUUGAUCAAAAUGAACAUUUGCCACCGUCCUAGUGUCACCUACUGGUAAAUUAGUGUGAGAAAAUGUUUUGAUCGUCCUGCUGACUAUUCUUUGCGUCACAGUCAGGAAUCAUUGCGCACAUUGAGAGAGGGCCACUAGAUGGCAGUAGAUCCAAUAAGCUACCUUAUAAUGCAAACACGUAGUGACGUUACAGUUGUACAGAACCUAAAGUUACAUUUAAUCAUGUAUUUAGAUAAUCAUGACACCCACCACAUGCAAUAUUGUUUGACUUUUAUAUAUUGGUAAUUAGGUUACAUGUAUUUUGGAACAAAGAUUUUUAGUUGGCCUAAUAUGUUUGCGUUAAGAUAGCCAAAACAAAUGUGUGGAACUGUUUGACAAGAAAAUAUUAAUAAAAAUCAUUGAGAUAAAGUAGGCUGGAAUCUUUUUAGCUAAGAUUCAAAUAAUUUGUAUUGUAAAUCUCAUAGUACACUUUUAAAGCAAAGAAUGCUUACAUCAUACUGUAGCUACUGUCAGGGGGGCCGAUGUACAAUAAGAUUGUUUUCUCUAAGUGAGCACUGUACUGUAUACCAAAGCAUAGUAGACAUAUUGUUUGAUUGUAUUAAAAAUAAAGCCACAAUAAACUAUUUCUGG